AUGGCUGUUGUGAGAAUGCUGACUUGGGGUGUGCGCCAGCAGGGUCUUUACCGCAUCAUUCUGGCUCUUAUUUUCUUUUGCCUGCUCUCCAUGGCCUACCUGGCAUAUCAUGUAAGCAACAGCCCUAAAAUCAAGGAGGCUCUUCCUCUGCCACUCGGGGAGUGUAUAACUGCAGCUCCCAUAGCUGUAAGUCAGCGUGUUCCUUUGUUCCUGCCCUCCCAGCUGAGCCAGCGGUGGCAGGCAGUGAGGAAGCUAGAAAAAGCACGCACAGAGCCUGUAGUCCUGGUGUUCAUUGAAAGCAUUUACUCACAGCUGGGUCAGGAGAUUGUUGCUAUCUUGGAAUCCAGUCACUUCCGCUACCACACUGAAAUCGCUCCAAGUAAGGGUGAUAUGCCUGUUCUGGCCUGGCGAGGGAGAGGCCGCUAUGCCUUAGUUGUCUAUGAAAAUUUACUUAAGUAUGUCAACCUGGACUCUUGGAACCGCCAGCUGCUGGAUAAGUACUGUCAGGACUAUAAUGUUGGUAUCAUUGGCUUCUACCGGGCCAAUGAGAACUCACCAUCAAACGCCCAACUCAAAGGUUUUCCACUCUUCCUGCGCUCUAACCUUCCACUCUGGGACUAUCGGAUAAACCCAGCUGCUCCACUACUUUACAUUACCCGGCCCAGUGAGCUAGAACCCGGCCCUCUACCCGCUGAUAACUGGACCACCUUCUUAUCAAACCACAGCACUUAUGAACCUGUACUGCUUGCUAGCCCUCGAUCUGCUGAGUUGCCCACAAACUCCCUCUUGCACAGGGUGCUGUUGGCUACUGUAAUGCAAGACCUGGGUCUUCAUGAUGGGAUUCAGCGGGUGCUCUUUGGUGCAGGUCUGUCUUUCUGGCUGCACAAAUUGCUGUUUGUGGAUGCAGUGGGCUAUUUGACAGGCAGAAGGCUCAGCUUAUCUCUGGACAGGUUCCUGCUGGUAGACGUAGAUGACAUCUUUGUUGGCAAAGAAGGAACACGCAUGAAGGUGGCUGAUGUGGAGGCUCUGCUUCAUACUCAAAACAAACUUUGUACUCUGGUCCCCAAUUUUACUUUCAACUUGGGCUUUUCUGGAAAGUUCUACCACACAGGUACAGAUGAGGAAGAUGAAGGUGAUGAUACCUUGCUCAGGCACAGGCAGGAGUUCUGGUGGUUUCCUCACAUGUGGAGUCAUAUGCAGCCACAUCUCUUUCAUAACGUUAGUGUCCUUGCAGAACAGAUGAGACUCAACAAGCAAUUUGCUCAGGAACAUGGCAUUCCCACUGACAUGGGGUAUGCUGUAUCCCCUCACCACUCUGGUGUUUAUCCAGUACACAGUCAGCUGUACCAGGCAUGGAAGAGUGUGUGGGGCAUUACCGUGACCAGCACAGAGGAGUAUCCUCAUCUCAGACCGGCCCGCUUUCGCAAAGGCUUCAUUCAUAGUGGCAUAAAGGUUCUCCCACGGCAGACUUGUGGUCUCUUCACACACACAAUCUUCUAUAAGGAUUACCCAGGAGGCCCUCAGGAACUAGACAAGAGCAUUCGCGGUGGAGAGCUAUUCCUCACUAUACUACUCAAUCCGGUUAGUAUUUUUAUGACCCAUCUCUCUAAUUACGGUAAUGACCGGCUGGGUCUCUACACGUUUGAGUCAUUGGUGAAGUUCGUGCAGUGCUGGACUCGUCUGCGCAUACAAACUCUUCCACCAAUGACCCUGGCUGACAAAUACUUUCACAUCUUCCCUGAUGAGAGAGACCCCCUGUGGCAGAAUCCUUGCCAUGAUAAGAGACAUAAAGAUAUCUGGUCUAAAGAAAAGACCUGUGAUAGGCUUCCCAAGUUUCUUGUUAUUGGUCCUCAGAAAACAGGUACGACUGCUCUGCAUGCAUUUCUCUCCCUCCAUCCUGCUAUUACAGCUAGCUCCAUCAGUCCUGUCAUUUUUGAAGAGGUGCAGUUCUUCAGUGGUCCAAACUACCUGCGGGGAAUUGAUUGGUACAUGGACUUUUUCCCGGUGCCCUCUAAUGUAAGCACAGAUUUCCUCUUUGAGAAGAGUGCUAAUUACUUUGACACAGAGGCAGUCCCAAAGAGAGCCGCUGCCUUACUGCCCAAGGCCAAAAUCAUAACCAUUCUUAUCAACCCUGCCGACCGAGCGUACUCCUGGUACCAGCAUCAGAGAGCUCAUCAGGAUCCUGUAGCUCUGAACUACACAUUCCAGCAGGUGGUCACUGCUGGUUCCUCCUCACCUAAAGAUCUGCUCAGUCUGCACCACCGCUGCCUGCAGCCUGGAUACUACAGCAGUCACAUUGAGCGCUGGCUCCACCACUACCAACCCAGCCAGCUUCUGAUUGUAGAUGGACUACAGUUGCGGUUGAACCCAGUGCCUGUGAUGGACAGCUUACAGAAGUUUCUGGGAGUUGUACCCUACUUCAACUAUACUCAAACACUUAUGUUUGAUGAAAAUAAAGGUUUCUGGUGUCAGAAGCUGGAUGCGGGCAGGACACGCUGCCUGGGCAAGAGCAAAGGGAGGAAAUACCCAGAUAUGAGCCCUGAGGUGCGGGCUUACCUGUCGGAGCAUUACCAGGAGUCGAAUAUGGAGCUGGUCAGGUUGUUAAAAAGGUUAGGACAGCCUCUACCCAGCUGGCUUAAAGGUGAUUCCCAUAACUUCAGCAAGAGCUGACACAAGAGUGGGAUGAGAAAUAGAAGCCUGUGUUAAACCCUGCUCUGUACCGGAGACCACCGCACUAGGAGUCACUGCAGGACUGAGGACGGCCGAUUCCCUUAGUCUCCACACACGCUGCACCUUCGACCAGAAUGAGUGGACGCCCGUCGUGUGUAGAAGAGCAAAUUCCAUUGUUUUAGGUGAACCAGAGAGAGCAAAGUGAACUACAGGUUUAUUUAAUAUGAAAAAUAAGAACAAUGGAGCUAGUUUGUU